AUGGCUCUCAUAAAGGCUAGGAUCUUCAAAAAUGUGAAGGACGAGUGGGAAGACCUAUGCACAGGAACAAUACUCUACAUUGCAAAGAAUUGUAUCUUUGUCGAGGACGAUAGAUCUGAAAGGUGUAUUGAAAUAUCUCUUUGCCAGAAGCACUGUGGAAGAUCGGAAAAAAACGUUGCAAUUGUAUAUGAUGAUUUUGAGGAAUAUGCCAUCUGUUUUGAAGGUGAGGAAAUUAGAGAUAGUUUCGCUGAAUUUAUGGAAAAGACCUUCUGGAGCCUCGAGGAAUUAGAUAGGGAAAGAGAAUGCACUUCCUUUGGAAAGGAGGUAAAUCUCUUUGCAGAGCUUCUCGGCAUCGGGAAAUACGCAGACAACUCUGUAUUUGAAAAAAUGCUUGAAAGUAGGGAUGGAGUGUUGGAACUUCUGAAGAUGGAGAGUCUCCAUCUGUUUAAGAUGUUGCUUAAGAAUGGAGAGAAGGUUUUUGAACUGUUUGAGGUUCCUUCUAAGAGCAGAGUCACCCCAUAUGGAUUUUAUAGGGAAAUCAUAGAAAAGAAUCUUGGUGGCUCUACUGCAAGGACCUUCGAGGACUUCCUCAUUAUCAUAAACAGGCAAGAAUUGGCAAGAAGCGAGAGCAAAAUAACAGAAAUGUCUGAUGAGGAGAUAAGGGACCUCCUCAAGAGAUGCAGUGGGAACGGGUAUAAGAUCGGAAGUGUGGAGACGUAUCUUGAGAGAAUCCACAGACCUAAAGAAAACAUCUAUCUUUUUGAGACAUUCUACUAUCUCUGCUUUAUAUUCCGAGAGAAAAUGUCCGAGGCUGUAGACUUUAAAUACAUCCUCUCCAAGAUCAAGGAUCUGGUUAGCAGAAAGCCCUUGGAUGAUAGUCUUUUGUAUGCACUCGAGGGACUGUACAUAUUACUGGAUGUAUGUAAGUCCGAAAAACUAGAUACAUUCUACACGGAAGUUUUUAACCUCCUCGGAAUUAUGGAACACCAUCCAGAUUUCCAGAACCUUUUGCUGUACCUGCUUAAUAACCAUGGAUUCAGGGCAAGAGAAUUUCUCAUUAACACUGGGCUGAUGAAGAAGAUAUUUCUGUCCGACCACAGAGAUGGUGUAAACGAAGUGUUUGUCUCCAAAGUACUCCUUCAUACUGUGUCUUGCAGCAGUAGAUUCACACACAGGUACUUCAUAAGAAACGAUUUAUUUAAGAAUGUUGCUAGGAUGUACAAGAAAAGAGAAAAGGAUGCUGUCUACUCCAUAUUCCUCCAGGCUUAUUCCAAGGCAGAUGGCGACAUGAAGAUAUAUCUCGAUAGAUACAUGCAGAACUAA